AUGAACUUGGACGUAAAAACUAUAUGUACACCCUUGGACACUCAGGACGACAAAUGCUACUACCACAUUUUAAAUAAAAAUGCUACCCAGGCACAAGCUAAGAACAUGUGCAAGGUGCUUAAUAAAGAUGCCAUACUGGCCACCAUUGGUAAAAAAAGUGAUGAAAGUGCGAUAUCCCUGAUGUUGUCAACCCUGGGGGUAAAGGUAUGGUUAGGACUGGAGUAUACAAAUGAUGGGAAGUACCGGUGGGUCGAUGGGUCGACCACUGAUUUCUAUACUAAUUGGAUGUCCGGUAAUAAUACGGCGUUUGAUGAUACUGAGGGUAGUCAGCCGUGGGGUAACUGUACAUACCUGGCCCUUAAUGAGCCAAUUGGACUUGCUACCUGUUAUGCGAAAGACUUACGUACCACGGACACAUCUGACCUACGUAGGAUAUGCACACCUACCGAUGACAAUGGUCAUGAAAAAUGUUAUUACUACCUACCGUAUGGCGUAGCUAACCAGACACAGGCUGCAGAAAUGUGCAGGGUCAUGGACGAGACUGCCAUACUGGGCACUAUACAUACAAAGGAGCAGGAAAAUAUUGUAGCAUUAUUACUGGUUGGUACCAAGGUGAAAGUGUGGUUAGGCAUGGAGUUUGAUAAGACCAGGGGUGCGCACCGGUGGGUCGAUGGUAUAGCCAGUGAUUACGAGAAUUGGAAGUCCGGUACGAAUACUUCGUUUAACGAUACUAAUGGUCACCAGCCGUGGGGUAACUGUGCCUACCUGUUACAUGGUGAAAAUUUUGAUGCAUCAUGGUACACGUCUAAUUGUACAAUGGAGUUGGAAGUUUUGUGCCAGACAAAUAACGUGGUGAAACUUUUGUUAAGCACCUGGUUGGUAAACAUAAAAAUCAAAUAUGAAUGA